AUGUUAUUCAAGCUCAGCUCAAUCGUCACUGCUCUUGCACUUGCUACCACUAUCUCUGCUGUUCCAGCUGCUAUCCCCGUCGAAGGUAUCGUCAAAAAGGAUAUCGAAGAGAGACAAGUCAUCACUUGUGGAUAUUAUGAGGUCUGCUACUGUCCCAGAAAUGGGGUUAGAUUCACCUGUCGAGACCCUCAAGGAUGCAGCAUGACUUGUUAUCCUUCUUAA